CGCCGCCGCGCUCCGCCUGCUGCCCGAGCCCGCGCCCUUCCGGGACCCCUGCCCUCCGGGCAGCGCUGCCACCCUGCCGGCCAUGGAGACCCCGUCCCAGCGGCGCGCCACCCGCAGCGGGGCGCAGGCCACCUCUACCCCGCUGUCACCCACGCGCAUCACGCGGCUGCAGGAGAAGGAGGACCUGCAGGAGCUCAAUGACCGGCUGGCCGUCUACAUCGAUCGCGUGCGCUCGCUGGAGACGGAGAAUGCCGGGCUGCGCCUUCGCAUCACCGAGUCAGAGGAGGUGGUCAGCCGCGAGGUGUCCGGCAUCAAGGCCGCCUACGAGGCCGAGCUGGGCGAUGCCCGCAAAACCCUCGACUCGGUGGCCAAGGAGCGCGCCCGCCUGCAGCUGGAGCUGGGCAAAGUGCGCGAGGAGUUUAAGGAGCUCAAGGCGCGCAACACCAAAAAGGAGGGUGACCUGAUGGCCGCCCAGGCCCGGCUCAAGGACCUGGAAGCGCUGCUCAACUCCAAGGAGGCUGCGCUGAGCACAGCCCUCAGUGAGAAGCGCACGCUGGAGGGCGAGCUGCACGACCUGAGGGGGCAGGUGGCCAAGCUUGAGGCGGCCCUGGGCGAGGCCAAGAAGCAACUUCAGGAUGAGAUGCUGCGGCGGGUGGAUGCUGAGAACAGGCUGCAGACCCUGAAGGAAGAGCUGGAUUUCCAGAAGAACAUCUACAGCGAGGAGCUGCGUGAGACCAAGCGCCGCCACGAGACCCGGCUGGUGGAGAUUGAUAAUGGGAAGCAGCGCGAAUUUGAGAGUCGCCUGGCCGAUGCCCUGCAGGAGCUUCGGGCCCAGCACGAGGACCAGGUGGAGCAGUACAAGAAGGAGCUGGAGAAGACCUACUCUGCCAAGCUGGACAACGCCAGGCAGUCUGCCGAGAGGAACAGCAACCUGGUGGGGGCCGCCCACGAGGAGCUGCAGCAGUCCCGGAUCCGCAUCGACAGCCUGUCGGCCCAGCUGAGCCAGCUGCAGAAGCAGCUGGCAGCCAAGGAGGCGAAGCUUCGGGACCUGGAGGACUCGCUGGCCCGGGAACGGGACACCAGCCGCCGGCUGCUGGCCGACAAGGAGCGGGAGAUGGCGGAGAUGCGCGCCAGGAUGCAGCAGCAGCUUGACGAGUACCAGGAGCUGCUGGACAUCAAGCUGGCGCUGGACAUGGAGAUCCACGCCUACCGCAAGCUCCUGGAGGGCGAGGAGGAGAGGCUCCGCCUGUCCCCCAGCCCCACCUCGCAGCGCAGCCGCGGCCGCACCUCCUCCCACUCAUCCCAGACGCAUGGCGCCGGGGGCAGCAUCACCAAAAAGCGCAAGCUGGAGUCCACAGAGAGCCGCAGCAGCUUCUCGCAGCACGCGCGCACUAGCGGGCGCGUGGCCGUGGAGGAGGUGGACGAGGGGGGCAAGUUUGUGCGGCUGCACAACAAGUCCAACGAGGACCAGUCCAUGGGCAACUGGCAGAUCAAGCGCCAGAAUGGAGAUGACCCCUUGCUGACCUACCGCUUCCCACCAAAAUUCACCCUGAAGGCUGGGCAGGUUGUGACGAUCUGGGCCUCAGGAGCCGGGGCCACCCACAGCCCCCCUACCGACCUGGUGUGGAAGGCACAGAGCACCUGGGGCUGUGGCAACAGCCUGCGCACUGCUCUCAUCAACUCCACCGGCGAGGAGGUGGCCAUGCGCAAGCUGGUGCGCUCCGUGACCGUGGUGGAGGACGACGAGGAUGAGGAUGGAGAGGACCUGCUCCAUCACCACCACGGCUCCCACUGCAGCAGCUCGGGGGACCCCGCCGAGUACAACCUGCGCUCACGCACCGUGCUGUGCGGGACAUGCGGGCAGCCAGCCGACAAGGCAUCUGCCAGCAGCUCGGCAGCCCAGCUGGGCGGAUCCAUCUCCUCUGGCUCCUCCGCCUCCAGUGUCACAGUCACUCGCAGCUACCGCAGUGUGGGGGGCAGUGGGGGUGGCAGCUUCGGGGACAACCUGGUCACCCGCUCCUACCUCCUGGGCAACUCCCGCCCCCGAACCCAGAAACCCCAGAACUGCAGCAUCAUGUAAUCUGGGACCUGCCGGGCAGGGCUGAGGGCGGAGGCCCCUGCUUCCUGCUCACCUCAUGCCCACCCCUGCCCUGCACCUCAUGGGAGCAGGCUUGAAGCCAAAGAAAACACCCGCUUUGGUUUUUUUUUUCUUCUGUAUUUUUUUUCUAAGAGAAGUUAUUUUCUACAGUGGUUUUAUACUGAAGGAAAAGCAUAAGCAAAAAAAAAAUUCUCUCUCAACCCUAAUUUCUCCCCCCUUCCUUCCUUCCUUUCCCUGCUUCCAGGAAACUCUACAUCUGCCUUAAAUACCAAAGAGGGCUUCCUGUAGGAGCUAAGGGAAGGGAUGCCGUCACAGACCUAGCUUCUCCUUUGCUGUCCCGGCUGCCCCCGACCCCGGGGACCCCGUGACAUGGUGCCUGAGGGGAGGCAUGGAGUCUGCAGCUGCCAGGCCAGCCUGAGAGAGGGGAGGCCCAAGCUGGUCUCCCCGGUGCCCGAGUGGGCUGAGGCUCUGGCUGCCCCUCCUGUCCCCACCCUGCCCUGCCCGGGGUGAGCCCCUUCUUCAGACCCUGCUGCGCUUGCUUCUGUACAUUUCCUUUAGACAAGAGAUGGGAAUGCGGUGGGGGGUGAGAGGGAGCAAAGGGGUUGGCCCCCACCUCCCCAGCUUCAGAGCCUGGCUGGGCUCUGUGCAGUCGCUGGAGGUCAGGUCGAGGUCAAGGCGUGCAGGACGAGGGAGAGGAGACCCCGGAAAGGGUGAGAACCAGACAGAGGAGGAAGGCCAGGGGGUGAAGGGAGCCUGGAGGUAGUUACUGGCAAACACUAAGGAGCCCCUUGCCACCCUGUUUCCCAUCUGCACCCUUCCCUCCCCAGAUCAAU